AUGGCUGAUGCCAAAAACGUCUCAAAUGAAACCAAACAAACUCUGGUCUUCGUAUACGGCACCCUGAAAAAAGAUUUCCCAAACCACUACCUCUUUCAACAACUGAUUUCCCAGAAAGAAGCCUCAUACGUAGGCACCUGCAUAACCCACCAACCACACCCUCUCGUUAUUGGUCCCUAUGGGAUUCCAUACAUGCUGUACCUCCCUGGUAGCGCCGGUCACCAAAUCAAUGGCGAGCUAUACUCCGUGACAACACAAGGACUCGUUUCAUUAGAUGAGUUGGAGGGCACGAGUGUUGGCCACUAUGAGAGGCGUCCAGUUCAGGUAAUCAUGCGGGAACAGAGUGAUGCGGAGGAGGGUGAAAAGGGCAGUGUCGUUGUGGUGGAUGCUGAGGCAUAUUUUGCUCAUAGGAGUUUUGGGGAGAGGAUGUGGGUUAGGUGUGGGAGAGCUGGGUUAGAUGAGUAUAGUUUGGAAAGAGCUGCGCGUGAUUAUGUGAAGAAAGUGAAUAGGCCUGAAGGCAGGAGUUUUCUUGAUGAAAUCGAAAUGUUCUUGUCCGGUACGGCUUGA